AUGUCUCGCCGUCUCGACCUCGAUGCCCUCGAUCUCUCCACCAAGACCAUUCCCGCCCAAGCGGCCAUUGGGACGUACAUGAGUUCAACAAUCAUCAAGGCCCCAGCGAGCUCAGUUUGGCAAGCUGUAAAUGACACCGACUCCUGGCCUAUAUGGAACACGUUUUGUCCCGGCGCUACGAUUCGGGAACAGCCAGACACAACCAAGAGCCGGUCAGGGCGUCUUCAACUCGGCACAAAGAUGACCCUCCAUCUGAACUGGAACCCGCGGGGAACCAAACCAAAGCAGAUGGACGUUGGACUUGUCGUGACAGAGUUUGAUCCGCCCAUCAAAGGGCGAGAGACUCCGGGUCGCAUCGCAUGGGCCACAGAUUCAUCCGCUAAGGGCUUUCCCUCAUGGCUAUUAUACGCGGAGCGCGUGACUGAGCUCCAUGAAUCCGAGGAAUGGGAUGGGGAAGAAUGUCAAAGCGUCACCCAGGUAUUGUCGUGGGAAUCACAGCGCGGCCCCCUGGCAUAUGUGGUCAGGUGGUUUAUGGGCAAGAAUUUCAAAAUGUGCCUCAGGGUACAGGCUGACGAUAUGACCUCCUUUGUCGAAGGGCAAAAGCUUUAA